UCGGCGGGCGCGGGCGCGGGCGGCGGGUGCUGCGGUCGGGGCGCACCGACGGCGGGCGCUUCCCGCGCGGGGCACUGGGCGCCGCGGGCCGGAGGAGCAGGAGGCGGCCGAGCCCGCACCGACGCCCCGACGCCCCGCCGGCCAUGGGGGGCUGCGCAGCCUGAGCUCCGGCAUGGGCGCCCCCUCCCGCGCGCUCGCGCUCUGCCUGGCGCUGGGGCUCGUGCUGGCCCGGCGCGGGGCGGCAGAAGUUCCGGGCCCCGAGCCGGACCCGCCAGUGCAGCUGGCCUUUGCCAGUGGGGACACAGUGGAGCUGAGCUGCGGGGUGCCGGCGGGGAUGCCCACGGUGUGGGUGAAGGACGGGGCAGACGUGGCGCCCUCCGCUCGGAUGCUGGUGGGCCCCCAGCGGCUGCAGGUGCUCAACACCUCCCGGGAGGACUCGGGCACCUACAGCUGCCGCCAGCGGGCCAGCCAGCGCAUCCUGUGCCGCUUCCGUGUGCGCGUGACAGACGCUCCAAACUCAGGGGAUGAUGAGGAUGGUGAGGAGACUGAGGACACAGGGGCUCCAUACUGGACGCGGCCAGAGCGCAUGGACAAGAAGCUGCUGGCCGUGCCGGCUGCAAACACAGUCCGCUUCCGCUGUCCAGCCGCUGGCAACCCCAUGCCGACCAUCUCCUGGCUGAAGAACGGCAAGGAGUUCCGGGGCGAGCACCGCAUUGGGGGCAUCAAGCUGCGGCACCAGCAGUGGAGCCUGGUCAUGGAGAGUGUGGUGCCUUCCGACCGCGGCAAUUACACCUGUGUGGUGGAGAACAAGUUCGGCAGCAUCCGGCAGACCUACACGCUGGACGUGCUGGAGCGCUCUCCGCACCGGCCCAUCCUGCAGGCGGGGCUUCCGGCCAACCAGACGGCGGUGCUGGGCAGCGACGUGGAAUUCCACUGCAAGGUGUACAGCGACGCCCAGCCCCACAUCCAGUGGCUGAAGCACGUGGAGGUCAACGGCAGCAAGGUGGGGCCGGACGGCACGCCCUACGUCACCGUGCUCAAGUCGUGGAUCAGUAAGAGUGUGGAGGCCGACGCGCGGCUGCGUCUGGCCAAUGUGUCGGAGCGCGACGGGGGCGAGUACCUCUGUCGAGCCACCAAUUUCAUAGGCGCGGCCGAGAAGGCCUUUUGGCUGCGCGUCCUCGGGCCCCCAGCAGCCGGAGAGGAGCCGACGGAGGCGGGCGAGGCCGGCAGUGUGUACGCGGGCGUGCUCAGCUACGGCGUGGGCUUCCUGCUCUUCAUUCUGCUGGUGGCUACCGUCACCCUCUGUCGCCUGCGCAGCCCCCCCAAAAAGGGCCUGGGCUCCCCCACUGUCCACAAGGUCUCUCGCUUCCCGCUUAAGCGACAGCAGGUGUCCUUGGACUCCAGCUCGUCCGUGAGCUCCAACACGCCCCUGGUGCGCGUGGCCCGGCUGUCCUCAGGGGACGGCCCCGCCUUGGCCAACGUGUCUGAGCUGGAGCUGCCUGCUGACCCCAAGUGGGAGCUGUCCAGGACUCGGCUGACCCUGGGCAAGCCCCUGGGGGAGGGCUGCUUUGGCCAGGUGGUCAUGGCAGAGGCCAUAGGCAUCCACAAGGACCAGGCUGCCAAGCCCGUGACCGUGGCGGUGAAGAUGCUGAAAGAUGACGCUACGGACAAGGACCUGUCGGACCUGGUGUCGGAGAUGGAGAUGAUGAAAAUGAUUGGGAAGCACAAAAACAUCAUCAACCUGCUGGGGGCCUGCACGCAGGGCGGGCCCCUGUACGUGCUGGUGGAGUUCGCAGCCAAGGGGAACCUGCGCGAGUUCCUGCGGGCACGGCGGCCGCCGGGCACCGACUACCCCUUCCUGGCCUGCAAGCCGCCGGAGGAGCAGCUGUCACUCAAGGACCUGGUGUCCUGCGCCUACCAGGUGGCCCGCGGCAUGGAGUACCUGGCCUCCCAGAAGUGCAUCCACAGGGACCUGGCGGCCCGCAACGUGCUGGUGACGGAGGACAACGUCAUGAAGAUCGCAGACUUCGGGCUGGCUCGUGACGUGCACAAUCUGGACUACUACAAGAAGACCACCAACGGCCGGCUACCGGUCAAGUGGAUGGCCCCCGAAGCCCUGUUUGACCGUGUCUACACCCACCAGAGUGACGUCUGGUCCUUUGGGGUGCUGCUGUGGGAGAUCUUCACUCUGGGGGGCUCGCCCUACCCCGGCAUCCCCGUGGAGGAGCUGUUCAAGCUGCUCAGGGAGGGGCACCGCAUGGACAGGCCGGCCAACUGCACGCACGACCUGUACAUGAUCAUGCGGGAGUGCUGGCACGCAGUGCCCUCGCAGAGACCCACCUUCAAGCAGCUGGUGGAGGACCUGGACCGGGUGCUGACCGAGACCUCCACUGACGAGUACCUGGACCUGUCGGUGCCCUUCGAGCUGUACUCCCCGGGGGGCCAAGACACCCCCAGCUCCAGCUCCUCAGGGGAGGACUCCGUGUUUGCCCACGACCUGCUACCCCCCACGGCACCCGGCGCCGGGGGCCCCAAGACGUGAACGGCCCGCCAAUGUGAGAGGCCGGGCGGCCCACGCUGCCCGGGACCCGCAGCCCAGGGUCCCGCCCUGCUGUGCAAGCCCCCCACGUGGGGGCGCUGAAUGUAGAAUGUAAGCCCCCCGGCCCCCCAGGCCCUCGACCCCCACCCGCCGCCCCAGCCCGGGCCAGGCUGAGCCUGCAGGGGUCCCGCCCUGGGCUGAGCGUGCACGGCCCCCAGGCCCCCCGCCCCGGCCCCUUGCAAUUACGGGUACCCCAGGCAGGAGCCUUUGACCCAGAAGGGGAGGGUCUGAGUGUCCAGAGGCCAGGCGGCCCACACAUGGAUCUGAGUAACUCCUGGGGGCAGGGGGCAGCCGGGCCGGGGGUGCCGCCCCGCAGCCAGUUUUGUUCUAGAAAUUGUACUGGACCUGAGUGCUGGUGGGGCGUCCAUUGCCCUGGUCCCCCCCGCUGUCCCCCAGCGAGCCUGGCCCGAGUCUGAGUCUUAACUUAUUAGAAGCUGAGGAGCUGGAGGUGGGGCUGGCCUGCACCCCAGGGUGGAUGGGUGAGGCGGCCUUGGUACCCUCGGCCUUGGGGAGGGGUCCUCGCCUCCUCAGCGGGGAGCCGGGGCACCCCCACCUUUGCGGUGAGGAGGGGUCCCAGCGUGCAGCUAGCCGGCCUUAGCGAUGUUACUGGUUUCUAUAUAUCUAUAUAUCUAUAAUUUAUUGAGUUUUUACAAGAUGUAUUUGUGUAGAUUUAACACUUCGUGCUUCUUCACUUUUCUAGCUGGGACUAUUCCCCAGGGAGCUGGGGACCCAGCCCGGCCUCUGGCUCUGGCCCCUGUCCUUCCAGCCGGGUGGCACAGUAGGACCCCAGCUGGUGGGUGGGGGAGCCCCAGCCUUGUGGUGGCCAGAGGUACUGGCCUGAGCCAGCAGACAUGCUUUCCAAGAAAUAAAGAGAUGACUGGUUCAGA